AUGUCGGGCGGUUUCUUUCGAGGUACAUCUGCGGAUCAAGACACCCGGUUUUCGAACAAGCAAGCAAAGCUGCUUAAAUCGCAGAAGUUUGCACCUGAAUUGGAGCACCUGGUGGACAUGACGAAGGUGAAUAUGGAAGUAAUGAGGCCUUGGAUCACCAGAAAAGUGACUGAGCUUCUCGGGUUUGAAGAUGAAGUGCUUAUUAACUUUAUACAUGGUCUUCUAGAUGCCAAGAAAGUGAACGGGAAGGAAGUUCAAAUACAAAUUACUGGUUUCAUGGAAAAAAACACUGGUAAGUUCAUGAAAGAGCUUUGGACACUUCUUCUCAGCGCACAGAAAAAUGCCAGUGGUGUUCCUCAGCAAUUCUUGGAUGCUAAAGAAGAAGAACUCCUGAAAAAGAAGGCUGAAAAUGAUAGAAUAUCAAGUGAAAUUCAGAGGAAGAAAGAUAAGGAAAGUAAAGAGAUCAUGGAGGAGAGGCUGAAGAAACUGGACGGAGGAUUAGAUGCAAAGGAUAAUGAUACUGCUUCAGACCCAACUUUGAAGCUUAGGGACUCGGGGAACUAUGUUCAGGAUGGGAAAGAAACUGACAAGAGGAAUGGCGUCAGGUUAAGGAGCAGGUCCUCACACUCUCCUGCAGUUUCCACCUCGCCUUAUCGAGGCUCACCUUCGAGGGCAAACAGUAAAUCAUUUUCAAAUUCCCGAAGUUAUUCAAGGAGUAUAUCCAGAUCACCGAAGGCUCGUGGACGAUCAGUUUCUUCUGAAAGGAUACAACGUUCUUCACGACGCCAGUCUAUUUCUCCCCGAAGGCGUUCUCCUCAACGAUCUCCUCUUAGGAGGCCAUCUUAUUCAAGGAGAAGAUCUAGAUCUAGGUCAGACUCCAAAUCUGCUUCUCCUAUAAGACGUGGAAUGCAUUCUCCAUUUCGUCGGCGCAGAUCACCCUCUCCAGUACGACGGCGCAGAUCACCCUCUCCAGUACGACGACGCAGAUCACCCUCUCCAGUACGACGACGGAGAUCACCACCCUCUCCAGUACGAAGACGCAGAUCACCACUCUCUCCAGUACGAAGACGCAGAUCACCACUCUCUCCAGUACGAAGAUGCAGAUCACCACCCUCUCCAGUACGUCGGCGCAGAUCACCUUAUCCCGUGCGACGGCGCAGAUCUCCUUCUCCUGUACAACGACGCAGAUCUCCCUCUCCUGUACGACAACGCCGGUCACCUUCUCCUAUGCACCUACGUAGGUCCCCAUUGCCUAUUAGACGGAGGUCACCCUCACCUAUCCAACAGAGAUCUCCUAACAUGCGGCGUAGGUCACCUUCACCGAUACGCCGAAGGCCACCAAGCCGUGGUCAAAGGUCAAGCUCUCCAAUGCAUUCCCCUGUAAUGCAAAGGCGUGAUAGUCUAAUCCCACGACGUAGGUCUCCAUCUCCCUUGCGGUAUAGGUCACCUGUUUCUGUCAAGAGAACUUUACCAAGAGAUCAAAGAAGCCCCGUGCAGUCUUCUAUGGGAAGAGUCAGGGUUCAAAAAAAAAAAUUACCAGAAGUUUAUCAAUCCUCUAGCCCUUUGCGGUCUAUACAGACGGAUAAAAAUGGCAAAGCUUCGGGCUAUAAAUCACAAGAUUCAAUGUCCACACCAGAUAAGUCUCCAGUUCGAUCAAUAUCACCACAAGCAGUAAGUAAGACUAGCAGUAAAAAUAGAAGUCCACAUGAAAUCCGUCUGAGGCCAACAAGAGAGAAGUUGAUUAAUGAAGGAAGCUUGAGUCCCCCAAAGAAGCCAACAAACCAUAUACCUAGCCAUGACAUCCCACAGACAAGUGAAGGAACAGAAGAAGCAUAUCAUUCUAGAGAGCUUAGAGAUCCUAAAUCAAAUUCAUCUGAAAAGAAAUCAAGACACUCCCCGGUUAGUAAGAGAAUAGGUUCACCUGCAAAAUUUAAUGACGAGGACGAGUUUAAUCCUGAAAGGGUAGCUAGUCAUCUGGCUUCUGAGUAUAAUCAUUAUGAUAGCAAUGAAAGGAGUAAGAAAGGCCAGGAUAUUAAAUGUGAUGAAUCCUCUGGCAAGGGAGAAAUAAAAAAAACGGAUGACAGGGAUCAAUCCAACUCAAAACAUGCCAAAAGUAGUGAUCAGCACCACGAACCAGAAGUCACUCAAGAUUUAGUUGGAAAAGUUGACCAUGUCAAUCAGAGUGCUUCUUAUGAUUCUGAAGAAAGUGGUAAGCAUAGAAGGGAUGGAAAGGAUAGGAGAAAGCAUAAAAGGUCGGAGAAAAAAGGCGCAGCUUCUGAUGAGAAUGACAGUUAUGAUUCUGAGUUAGAGGACAGGAAAGAGGCCAAGAGGAGGAAAAAAGAGGAGAAGAAGAAGCUGCGAAAAGAGGAGAAGCACCGAAAGAGGGAAGAGAGACGACGGAAAAGGGAAGAACGGCAUGCUGGAAAGCAGAAAAUGAAGAGUAAAACAGACACUAUUUCAGAAGAUGAGGAAGCGGAGCGAAGGGAUGUUCAUCAAAGUGAUGAUGAAGCACCCUAUGAUCCAAAGAAGCUUGAGAUUGAGCUACGAAAUAAGGCUCUUGAAACCCUCAAAGCAAAGAGGGGCAUGAAUAAUUAA